AAAAGCUUAAUUAACAAAGAAAGAACAUAAACAAAUUAACCAAAAGCAGCUUGGCCAUUAACCUCAAGCUUCCAUUCAAUACCAUACCAUUCACGCCCAUGCACACUUUUCUUUCUCUUUCUUCCGUCCUUUUGUUCCCCAUUUUCCCGUGUUUUCUCUCUCGUUUUCCUCCAUGCCAAGCCCUGGCGGAAAACCACGCCGAGAAGGCCCCAUGUCACCUAGGCCUGCAGGAAAAUCACGCCUAGAAGGCCCCGUGUCACCAGGACUUUUUCAGUUCUCAAGGAGACGAGUUUUUGAAGCUUCGGAAGUCUUCAAGUCCGACAUGAAGCCUGCCACGUUGUUCCGUCGGAAAGUUUUAAGGCCGGGACGAAGGCUUUUUGGAGUGUUGAUGGUGUUAGCUUUCUUGUCUUUGCUGGCUAAGUUUGCAUUGAUGAAUAUGCUUCAAGGUCAGAUAACUAGCAGGGAAAUUACUGGCUUGGUUCAACCUACCCUUCAGGACAUUUCAAUAAAGCAACAAGAUGUGGUCAACAAAAUGACAAUGCAGCAGCGGCUCAAUGAUGUUACUCCUGAAGUAUGGAUGCCACCCAACAGCAAAAAUUACCAAAAAUGCAUCAGCCAAUCCAACAAGGAAAAAAGUAGGGGAAAUGAAACAAAUGGAUAUAUUCUAUCACAUGCCAAUGGAGGUUUGAAUCAAAUGAGAUUCGGGAUAAGUGACAUGGUUGCAAUAGCAAAGAUUAUGGAUGCUACUUUGGUUUUUCCUUCUUUAGAUCAUAAAUCUUUUUGGAUAGAUUCAAGUGAAUUCAAAGACAUUUUCAACUGGAGGAAUUUCAUGGAAGUUUUAAAAGAUGAUAUAAGAAUUGUAGAGUCAAUUCCGCAAGAGUUUGAAUCAGUGAAGCCUCUUCAAAAGGCUCCAGUUUCUUGGUCAAAGCCCAGUUACUACAGAGGGGAAAUACUUACAUUAUUAAAACGACACAAAGUUAUCAAAUUCACACAUACCGAUUCUCGACUUGCCAAUAAUGGUGUAGCUACAUCGUUUCAGAGACUUCGCUGCCGUGCAAUGUAUGAAGCAUUAAGGUUUAACAACGAAAUUGAAGAGCUGGGAAAGAAGUUGGUACACAGACUAAGGAACAAUAGCACACCCUACAUUGCUCUUCAUUUAAGAUAUGAAAUGGACAUGCUUGCAUUCACAGGCUGCAGUCACAAUCUGACCAAAACUGAGAAUGAGGAGUUGAAAAAAAUGAGGAAGGAAACCGCUCAUUGGAAGGUGAAACACAUCAAUGGCCGACAGAAGAGACUGCAAGGGAGUUGUCCCAUGACCCCAAGAGAGGUUGCUAUGUUUCUUGAAGCACUUGGAUUUCCUUCAAAUACCAAAAUUUACAUAGUUGCAGGGGACAUUUAUGGUCAAGAUGGGAUCAGACCACUGGAAGCCAAGUAUCCUUAUUUAUUUUAUCACUCUAGUUUAGCAACAGAUGAAGAAUUACAGCCUUUCAAGCAGCGCCAAAAUCAACUUGCUGCAUUAGACUACAUUGUAGCUGUAGAGAGCGAUGUUUUCAUUUAUUCCUACGAUGGAAACAUGGCCAAAGCAGUUCAAGGUCACAGGAGGUUCGAAGGUUUCCGAAAAACCAUCAACCCUGACAGACAAGGAUUAGUGACACUGAUAGAUAAAUUGGACAAGGGUUUGAUGAAUUGGGAAACAUUUUCAUCAAAUGUUAAGAGCCUACAUGCAAAUAGGACUGGAGGACCAUAUCCUAGACGUGAAUUAAUGUCCCCGAAAUUGGAGGAGAACUUCUAUGCAAAUCCUCUUCCAGGAUGUAUCUGUGAGAGGUCCAAAGAGCAAACCAACAGUGAUACAGGUGAAAAUAUGUAAAGUAGGAAGCUGAAAGACGCCAAGCAUUAUGGGAAGAGCAGGAGUCGACUUGAAUAUGGUUCAAACUAUAUAGUAUGCAAAAACCCAUUGCUUCAGGGUAGCUAUGCAAAAUGUAUAUAAAAGCAUUUUUAGCAGAUUGAGGCAGCCAAUGAGUUUUUCUUAAUUUUGGUGUACAUUUUUUGUAAGGUAGAAGGAAAAUUUUAACCUUAUAUACAAAUUUUGGAUAAGUAGAAGGCAAUUUAUAAAAUCUUGUACCAUAUGAACUACACAGUCUGAGGAGGUUCUGUUCCUAUUUUCAAGGCAUAUUUGCUGUAAUGAAUCAAAGAACUUUUUUUUUUUUUUUUUUUUUUUUCGAUCCAGAACUCAUCAAGUGACGUCAUGUCAAAAACCAGGAAUACAAAGAGAAGGUAGAGAGAUGGUAAGGAAAAGUGCAACUACU